AAAAUAAUGAAACUCACACCAGACGGCAUGGUUCGUAAUUUUGCCAAUUUGGAAGCAGCAAGAGAUUGGAUUAGGAUGCGAAUCGAAGAGCUUGAAGAUGAAAUUUCUUUCAGCAUGCUUUCGCAAGCAAGUUGCUCCAGACCGGCCCGUACCACGGCAGAAAGCAGUUUUAAUGAAGCUACGGUGAACAGUUACGCGUCAAGUACUGCGGCUCUUCAGCGUGAAAAAUCUAAACUUGAAAGAAUUGUGGCACUCGUAGAAUAUGAUUUGGCCGCCGCUCGCUCUCCAUGAACAACCUGCCGUCAAAACGUGACUCUUAACAACUUAAAAACCUUAUGAAGAUCAUUUUAUAAUUCUUUUCUGAUUCCUAAAUUUUUUAAAUUCUUAAACUUGUAUAACUCUUGAAUAUUUCUAAUUCUUAAUUUUUCUAAUUCCGAAAUGUUUCUAAUUCUAAAAUUUUUCUAAUUCCAAAAUUGUUUUAAUUCUUUCAUUUUUCUAAUUCUUCGAUUUUUCUAAUUCUUCAAUUUUUCUAAUUCCAGAAUUUUUCUAAUUCUUACUUUUUUUUAAUUCUUAAGUUUUUCUAAUUCUCAAAGUUUUCUAAUUCUCAAAGUUUUCUAAUUCUCAAAGUUUUCUAAUUCUCAAAGUUUUCUAAUUCUUUAAUUUUUGACUCUUGCGAAAUGCGACUAAUUGAUGUUUAAAAACAAUCCUUUUCAAUAAAUGAUUAUUAAA